CAGCAGGGAGGGAAGUUCAUACUUGAGUUUCGGAAUCAAUGCCUUUUGGGGCAUUGUUUACUUUACGUAGAUUUUAUACGGGAAACGUUUUUGCUUGCAACAUAGGUCUGUUUAAGCGAGUUCAUUUUAAUGACUUAUUAGCGGCAUGAAUAUGCUUAAUCAAGCUGCGGUAGAAGCGCUGUGUUCGGCGACCUAUCUUGAAAAUUAUUUGGAAACUAUGGAGAAUUUGCCGGACGAUCUGCAAAGAAGUGUGUCUCAGCUGCGGGAAUUAGAUAUUCAGUGCAGAGGUAUUCUUAAUGAUAUUGAUUGCCAGCAGGAACUGUACAAGCAAGAUGGGGCAGUGAAGAAAAAGUCAUUCUUUGCAAUCCAGAGAGCCCUAAUUCGGUGUCAGGAGAUUGGUGAUGAAAAGUUAACACUGUUGUCUGUAAUAAUUGACUUUAUUGAAAACAGGACACGACAGUUGGAGCAGGAUCGGGAAAAUUUAGAUCCUGGGUCAACAAGAGAACAAGACAAAGAGGAGGUACUAACAAUACAUGUUCCCCCGCCAAAGAAGGAAAGCAAACCAUCUCAUAUUGAACCAGUAGAGAAAGUGGAGAAAGCCGGUAACAAGAGACAACGCAGGCAGAAGAACCACGACGUAUCUCAAGAUGAUAUCAAAGAUGACAAAGAAAAGGCACCAAAGAAGAAGAAGAAGCGGAAAGUAAAGAAAGAAAGAGAUGAUUCGCCUGUCGAUCAGCCGAUCGACCCCGAUGAACCCACUUACUGUCUGUGUAACCAGGUGUCUUACGGAGAAAUGAUCGGGUGUGACAAUGAUAAGUGUGUUAUCGAAUGGUUUCAUUUUAACUGUGUCGGACUUACUUACAAGCCAAAAGGAAAAUGGUAUUGCCCAAACUGUAGGGGAGAUAAGCCAACUGUGAAGAAGCCUGACAAAUAAGAUUGGGCCUUAUUAUUUUUUUAUACUGUAUUUGUGUAAAGUAUCAUGUGAACAAAUUUUAGUGAACAGAUUUUUAGCGGAGAACUACUGAACUUAGAAUUUGUAGCAUUUCCUUAAAUGAGAUGAAUUUUGUGGCAACUUGUCUCCUGAUAAUCUGUCUGAUACAGACAUUUUAACCCAGAAACCAUAGAAGAUGUGUAGAUGGAUCUACCUGCAAUUGGUGUUACAGUAAGACAGUUCGUUGUAUGUUCAUGAGUGUUUCAUUUGAUGGACAAGUGCUAUUUUUCAGUUUAGUAAGAACUUUGCUCAACAUGACAAUAACUAUAGUAAAAGAAUGACUACAGUAAAAAAUGAAAACAAUUGCCCUGAUUCCUCUUUAUUAAUGUGUUGACGGUAUUAAUUGUGACAUUAAAUUACUUUUCUUUUUUCUUUUUUUUAGUCCCACGUAAUGAGUGCACAUAUAUAAAUAUAUAUAUAUUAGCAUUUCAUUGAAAUCAGUGCAGGGCUCUCUCUGGAUGAGCAGCAAAAUUUGUCAAAAUAUCUAUUAAAACUUCAAAAAUUAAAAAAACUAUUAUUCUCUCUAACAAAAUAUCAAUUAUUACAUUAAAUUAUUUCUACAAUUGUUUUAAAAAUUUGCAAAUGGCAAAUUUGGCGAGUGCCAGAGCUAGCUCUGAAUCACUGGAGAAAACCCAUAGUGAGCAAUAUAAUUACGAUGAUAAAUAAUUUCUACUUUAUAGAUGUGGUUUUUAGUCGGUCCCAAAGUUUUUAUUGUAGAAUACAUGAGUUCAAGUGGUUAAACAUUUCGAUCCAAACUCUCUAUUGUUAUUUCUUAAAUUAAGGGCACGAGUCAAAGGUCAGUCUAUAAAGAAUGUACUGAGCAUAAAACUACCAACACAGGCUUAUAUGCGGGGGGUGGGGGUGGGGGGUUAGUAUAUUUUCCAGGGAAGUGUGAUGUUUACAUUUGUGCAUUCAUCCAACUACGGUCAAUCUUGCUAUCUGGACAUGGUUAGUUUGAGAGAAGUCUGGUAUAGUAGCAUAAGGUCUCCACAUUGAGUCAUUAAAACUGAGAAUUGGAGAUGUUACUGGGAUGCAAACAUAGCAUGUACUAUUCCUAAAGUACAGUAGCAGGUUAAAUCAUGAGGUACAAAGUUCGUUUUGUUUAAUGACACGACUGGAGCAGGUACAAAGUUCGUUUUGUUUAAUGACACGACUGGAGCACAUUGAAUAGUAAUCAACGGCUAUUGGAUUUUAAACAUUUGGUCAUCCUGACCCAUAGUCAUCUGAGAAAACUUGCUACAUUUUUCUUAAUGCAGCAAGGGAUCCUGCGAUGCAAGCACCUCAAGUAACUAAACUAAAUCCCUCCUUGAUGAGGUGCAUGAAAAAAAAGUCACUGUCAAAAAAAUAAUUGGACAUACAUGUACAAGUAUUUGAAGUGUUUAAAAUUGUGGUUCUUAAAAAGAUUUCAUCACACCCUAUCCAACAAGCCAAAUCUGACCAAACACCUCUUUGUUUUCCCUGUAAGUGCUUCAUUCUAGCAUGUUCGACCUAAAUUAUUGCAUCCUGCCCCACUCCCUCCAGCUUAGGAACACUGAUUUGAAAAAAUAAAAUAUAAAUAUAAAUUUGUUUAAACAUAAUUAUUUGAAACAUUAUAAAUAUUUAAUUGGCAAAAUAUUAGUUGGAGCUAUUGAAUGGUAAUGUCACACAAAUGUCUUUAGAGGAUUUUUCUUUUAAUGUUUACAGCAAUCAUUACUCUGUGUUUAGAAUUAUCUGUUCAAAUUUACCGACAAGCGAUUACUCUGUUUAUAUAGUCUUAGGUUUGAGAACCUUUUUAUUAGUACUACUAGUAGUACACCACUCUUCACUGAAAUGACAGCAUCUUUGUGAAUAGACAUUUCUUGCAAUUAAAAGAAGAGAAAAACUAUUGUUUGUGCUCUGGUAUGAAUAUGGAAUAGAUUGUUAUUUGUUAACAUUUAUUUGUUUGUGCAUAUUAUGAAAUAUUUGUAUUAUGUUUUAUAAAACAUUAUGGGCAUUUUUUAAGGUGUUGGGCCAAGAUGUUAACAAAUCAUGUUUUUGUCUCGGCUUUAUGAAUUAAAAAGGUGAGAUGUAGGUAUUAUUUUUCUGAUGGCGAUGGCAUCAACUUUUGUAUUUAGCUCAACAUUAAAAGUUUUGGAACAUGGUUUGCAACUGUGGAUGUUCAUCACAAUGCAUGUGAAAAUAAUGAUUAAAAAAUAGCAAUACAUGUUACGUUAUAUAAUUAUAUUAAAAUUGUAAUGGAAUUUUUAAAAAUUGAAUUAAUUAAUUGGCAUGCAUUGAGAUGGACAUUUAUGAAUGCAACUAUCAGUGACAUGAAAUAAAUUUAUGUUAGGUGAGACAGUGCUGCAGAAUUCUUGUUUACGUUUGAGAUUGUUGUUACCAAUUAUAAGGGCUGUCACAUUUAAAACUUUAUUAAAUAAUUAUAUGUUUUAUUUAAAUUACCUAACAUUAAUAAUUAGUAAAUUAUAAUCUAUGCUCAUAUCACACGAGAAGUGGUUCCUUAUAAAUUCUUGGAAUUAAUAUUGUUUUGAUGUACCAAAAAACAUAAUAUUUUAUCUGGGGUUUAAAAAAAAAAAAAAACCCACAGUCUGAUACAUGUAACUCUGUGUUAUUGUUUUCUUGUUCUUUUACAAAUCGCAUAAUGUGAAGUCUUGAAGCCUACAGUGUAAUUCUUCAGAAUAUACACCUGUUACUGUCACUAAAAAUAUAUACAUUAUUUGAUUCCCUAAUUUAAAUGAAAAACCCACAUGAAAUGACAUAUAUUUGUAUUUGUGAGACUGAGCAUCCCUUAUUUGUGUCCCAUGGACACUUUGUCUGGUUGCGGUUUUUCUGUUAAAAUACUGACAAAUAGGUAGAAUGUAUAAUAAAGUAACACAAUAGGUGAAUAUUGUCUUGUAUUCUUCCAUAAAUUGACAGCCUUGCUAAUAGGUAAUUAUAUAUUAAAAGUCUAAAUUUGGCUGAUAAUGAUAUAUGACAAGCAUUUCCACUUAUUGUAUUGGUCCUUGUAGAAGUACAUGGUAUAUAUGCUGUAUCUUGAUGGGUAACUAACUCACUGGUAUAGAUAUAAUACCAUUUACAAUUAGUUUUGCUGAUAACUGAAACUGCAGUAACACUUCAUCUUUUUUCUUCAAACUUUCAAAAUUUUAAGUGAAACUUUUUUAAUUCCACAUUUUAUUUAUUAUAAUUGGAGGCAGCAAUCUUGUAGUACCUGUAUAUGCUGAACAGGCACUUCUAUAGCUGGUAAAAUGGCACUUUUUAGCAGUAGUGAGAAGUCUGAAGUCGCAACUAUAUUUUGGACCUAAUCCUAUUUCAAAAACAAAAUCACACAAUACAUUAAGAUAUCGACUUAUUAGUGUCAUAGCUCACUUAGAACAUUGUCAGUCCCUUGUUUUACUUUGUUACCAGACUGAACAUGAACAUAUUUUGCACCAUUUGUUAUUGACUAGUCAAACAUCAUUAGCAUAUAACAAAAUGUUUGCUCAGCAAAAUGUAUUAAGAGUUUUACCAAAUUUAGAAACAACACUACCAUUUGAAUCUAAUUAUAUUUAAUUUAUUACAGUACUAAAAUUGAGCCAGUAUAUGAUAAAAGAGAAACAGUCCUAUGGAGGCAGAAAUGUUUUAUUUACAAUUUACAAAUAAACCUAAACUGUCUAAUAAAUAUGUAUUAGUAUUAUUAUUAUUAUACCCAAGCAUGGAAUAUUUAAACUUACAGAAACCAUAAAAAAAUUAUUCAUAUUUUCAAUAUAGUGAAAGCAAACAAAUGAUAUUUCACAUUUUCAUAAAAUUAUAUUUACCAAAUACUGGUAUAUUUUUAUACUUUUUAUUCUGGUUUGCAAUAUUUUUGGUAGUUUUGUGAUAAGAAAUAUUCAAAAUUAUAAAACAUUUACAGUUAACUGUUUGAAAACAAAUUUAAAACAGUAUUACAAAGAUGCUGAUUGAUUGAUAUUUAUAUCAUACAUACAACUAUAGUCUACUGUUUCUGCACAAUUUAUCUUGGGUCAUGCAUAUUCAGUACAUACUUUGAAAUAAGAAAACAAUGUUUUAUAAACAAUAUAUCAGUAAAUUCACAUUUAUUUUAUAGUUACAUUCUUAAAAUCAUUCGCUAGAUCAUCUUAACCACAUGAAUAAAAAGAUACAUUUUAGUUUUUUAAUUUACUGAAGAAAGAUCAUUCAGUCUACUUCCUGGUUGAGUUUUCUAUGACUUAAUUAGAAAACAUGACAGUAUGUAUAUUAUUAAUAGAAGGUAUGUUAUGUGGUUUUGUCAAAUGAGGUGUAAAAAAUUGUAUUUUUACUCAUUGCUUAGCAAUUUAUUAAAAUUAGAUCUUCACUUAAUUUGUGACAAAAGAAUGAAUGAAUGUUUAUCAACACCACAGCACAAAGUUUUGACAAAAGAAGAUAGUGGUUCCCCCAUGAUCUCUCUGUCUCUGUCUGUCUCUCUCUCUCUCUCUCUCUCUCUCUCUCUCUCUCUCUCAUCUCUCUCUCAUCUCUCUCUCAUCAUC